UCUAUCUAUAUCCUGAAUAGUCGUCAUAUACAACCUCUCCAUAUCUCUCUCCACUUGUCGCUCCUGUUCCUCAACCUGCAUCCCCAAAACGAUCCCCGCCGAGCACGUGUUGUUGUACCAUUCCAUCUGCAAAUCGUCCAUUACAAAAACCUGAGGCACCCCCAGGUUCGAUGUGAAUGCGUUGAACUGGAUUCCAGAAAGCCCUCGGAAUCUGCCAUCAAAGUCCACCUUGGUGAGCUGGCAGUUGAUGUACCCUUUGCACGGCGGAAUCACCACAUUCUGCUCCGCCGCCACCACUUCCUUUUUCAACGUUGCAUCCCAUCGGUAUCCCGAGAUUCGCAGUCGGCACGAAGUGAUCCCAUUCAGUGCACAACCAAAGAACCCAGAGUGUGCAUGGAACCAGUACGCGUCCACUGGCGCUCGAGGCCCUGCCCCCAGUUCUCCCGGUAGCAAUGUCCCCGCAAAUGCAGAGUUCGGCAGAAGACUGCUGGCUAUCGGCAGGAACAUGGCCACAUUGGGCUGUGAUCGAGCGGGGAACGGCUCCCAUUUGUCAGGCGCCGGAUCUGGUUCAAGCAGCUUGAGAGGCGGUAAUUCCGAUAGUGGCGUCUGUCGAAUGGUCCUGGUGGUCAAAGGCAAAUCUGUCCAGUCCGGUCCCGUGAGCGAUGGAUAGGUCCCAGUCCAGUAAGAUACAGUGGUAACAAUCGACGGGGUAGGGAAAACGAAGCUAAAUGAUUUGGCACCAUACGCAAUAACCUUGGUCAUGAGAUUUCGGGCAUUGGAUUGACACUGGCCGUCUGAGGUUUGACCAUUACAUGUUGCGGUGGCCGACGAGUUGCUUGACACAGACGACGAAUUCAACGUGGAGCUGGAGCUCAGAGUGCUUGAAGAGCUCGAAUUUGAGAAGCUCGUAAACGGAGGUACCCUGGUGGUAGUCGUAGUUGUGGCGACAGAGGGAGGGAUCGUGCUUGUCGGUGACCCAGAAGUGCUGCUGGGGGUCUGAUCCGGACGUUCCGAGGACAAGGCUGAAGACGACAUUUUGGACAGUGAUACCGAAGUAGAUUCGCUAACAGCACUUGAAGUGGGCAGUCUCGAUGUUGGCGAAGCCGCUCCACUUGUUGAAGAACUGCGAAUCGAAGCUGACGAUGAAGUGGCAGUCGACGAACUGCUCAACAGAGGUCGACUCGACGUGUGUUCAAUAUCUGAUGAAGAGCUUGGGUUGGAAGAAGAAGCCUGUGCAGAGCUAGAUUCAGUAUUCUUGGAUGAGGAUGAAGAUAUAGUUGGAGGUGUAUUCGAAGACAACACGGGUCCAGACACAGCAGGCGAUGACGAAAGCAGUCCAGAGUUGGUGGAUGGUAAGGCCGUCCAAGAAGAAGUCUGCAUUGGCGGGUUCGUUUCUCCCGAUGGAUUCGGUGAUGGGGAUGGGCUAGGUAUUUGCGGAUCGGAAGUAUGAAAAGAAGGAGAUAAAGAAGGCUGGGUACUUGAGGUAGCUGUGGAUGUAGGCGUCGGUAUCGUAGACGAAGGGGGAGAGGAACCAGGAGAAACGGGUACAGUCGAAUGAAUUCCUGGAGAAGAACUCUCUACGCCAGUGCUUUUUGAUUGUGUGUUGCUCAAAGCACUGGACCCACCGACACUUGUAGAAGCUGGUGGUUUGGGUGGAGGGUUUGCUGAAAACGACGGCACGGACGGAUUGCUCGCUGGAAGAGAAGCAGUUGUUGGAAUCGAAGGACUAGAAGGUCCGAUUGUACUUGGACUGUUUGAAGGCAGGCUGUGACUUCCUGGAGACGCUGUGGCCGAACUUGGCGAUGGCAGCGAUGGGAUAAUACCGGGUGAACUGGGGCCUACACUCGGAGAUACGACGCCACUUGACGGCUGCGCUGCUGGAUUCGAAGUGCCUGCAAUCGGUGUCCCCGGGGGGUGACUAGAGAAGGGCACGCUAGGUGGUACUGGUGACGAUCCAGGCGGCGGAGCACCGACGAGAGUCGAUGGAUUUGAAGGGGCAGGCGUCACAGGAGGUUGUCCUGAAGGCACAGUCGUGGGUCCGACGCUGGUCGAGGUUAAAAUGCUCGGCCGGGUAGGUGCAAUGCUGUUGAGCCACUGCGUUGUGCCAUUGACGACCGAGUAGUAAUAUGUGCCAUGAUUCGGAUCAGUGGGAGUGGCGCCAAUCAAGGAGACUGUGAUGAUGGGACCUGGAAUGGUGACAUAGGCAACACUGCAGCUGGUCUCUUGAGCAGCAACAGGCUGGAUAAGCCUCAAAAACCCCUCAAUGCUCAGCCAACAGCUGCUAAGAAACAGGACAAAGAGGAAGCACGUGAAGAAUCGAUCGUACCAGUACGGGGCGUAGAAACCUCGAGCGAAGAUUCGGAAGAAAUCGCGAAGCCAUCGGUAUGUUCGACAUGGCCACCAUUGGCAAGGCUGGGGCAGAUAUCGCCUCCAGCCCUUGCGUUGGCUAGAAAGCCUGUGGUAAUGUUGCAAGUCUUUCAUGUUGGACUGUGCUUGACGUUCAAUGUUGGAAUCAUAUGAAGACAUGCUGGAAGGGGCUGGUGAAGGUACUGUGCCGUCCGAAGUACGGAUUUCGGCUGGAGUGGAAGCACCGCUCAGACUGGAUGAUAUACUAGAGGAAUGGCCGGUCGACUUUUGGUUGUUACGGUGCUGGGCAGCAGGUUUUCCUUUACGCUGUUUGUUUUUGCCCAUAGUACGGAAGGAUUCGAGAAGAUGCU